AUGGAUAAAUCAAUCCAAAAGAUGUUUAAGAGAAAUCAGUGGAGGUUCCUGGAAGAGGCUGUCUUAGUAAUAUUUUAUAUAAACCUUAUUAUAGCCUCAGUGAAUUGUGAGACUAUCCACAAAGAGAUAUCAAGUCAAGUAGAUGGCUCAAACAAAACGGAAACUAGUAUAGAUAGUAUAAAUUCUAAUAACUGCCAUAGCUGUCAAGUUAGUGAAAAUAAUAUUAAUAAAGACGAUGAAAAUCCAAGCUAUCUAGCAGAUUUUAUAGAUUCUGUUAGUAGAUUUUCAGAAAAAUACAUAUUUACUAAUAACACUGAACAAAAAUUACAAAAUGUUUUCGAAACUGCAUUAGAUAAUGUGCUUGAUAAAGAUAGAUAUGAAAUAUUUGAUGGAGUUGAAAUCAAAACAAUUGACGGUCAAAAUAAAACGGAACAAAAAACUGAAAGGUCGGAAGAGAAAGAUGAAAGUCGAGCAUUAUUCAGUACUUAUACAUAUGAAUACCGACUGUUCCAAAAGAUAAAAAACUUUGUCGAUACUCAUAUACUAUCAAUUAACCUUCCCAAAGCUGCCAGGUUAAUGGGAUUCCGGUCAUUCGGACUAAAAAACUUAUUUUUGCCGCUUCUUAUUGGUGCACAAGUUUUCAAAAGUAUUUUACUGGCUAUGUUUCUUCCGAGCAUCUUGGGAAGUUUUGGAAAAAUACUCGGAAAAGGUAUAUCCCAAGUCUCAGCUGCAUCAAGCCAGGCAAGCUAUCCUCCAGCCAACACCGACGAUCAGACAGCUUACAAUAAUGAUCAUAUGGGCUAUGAAACAAAUCCUGCAGCGACAUACGCAUAUACAGAUGGAAUGUAUGGAAACGACGCCAACGAUAUGAGUGAUCUAUCUAAUGUAGAUAUGUCAAGAUUCGGAGCUGGAGGUCAGAAAGUAUCUUAUCUCCCGACUAAAAACGGAUAUUACAAAAACCAAAUGUCUUCUGGCAACAACUACAAGAUAUUCCAGAAAAUUCCAGCAUCUUCUAUGAUACUGAGCAAUUAUGACCCAUUCUACUCGCCUUUGCUUUCUCGACUCGACGGCAUCUUCGCUAGACUGGGAUUAGCGCCGUCAGAUUCCAACGCAGACGAUGGAAUGCAAGUUGGAGGACAGACGCUUAGCGAGGUCAAAUUGGAAGCAUGCAGGGAACAGCUGAUCUGUCUCAUGUAUGCAAGUCCCGCGAAAUAUGCGCCGUACAGCAACCUUGUAUCAGCACAGCUAAGCAGAGAGCUGAACGAACUGCGACGUCCUGUGUCAGACAAUCCGGAGAUUCUCCGUUUCUUCCGCUACAUGAGAGCAGCACGUCGUGGCCAGGAAGGAACCGAUUGUGUCAGUGAACACGCAGCUUGUGCAACGGCAGCACCCUCACAUACUAUGAUAUCAGCUUACCACGACAUCAAUAAACUCGUGACAGCGAGGAAGCUGCAUAAUUAG